AUGCUGGUUGCUCUAAUUAUCGCAAAUGGAUCUAGGGUGAGACUAAAGAGGUUCUGGAAGAAGCUGGACGGCGACCAGUUAUCAGAAGCUCGGUUGCAAGAAAUAUUGAAGUUGGUGUCUUCACGAAAGUCAGAAAUGUCAUCUAUCAUGGACUUUGAAGAACUCAUUGUCAUUCACAGGAAAUUUGCGUCGCUCAAUUUUAUUGCACUUUGCUUGCCACCAGAGAACGAAUUUGCCGUGCUAGAAUUCCUUCAGUACUUUGUGGAGGCUCUUGCUGCUCAAUUCGAAAGUUUGGCUGAAAUAGACAUAAUGUUUCAACUUGACAAGGUCUACAUGUUGCUGGACGAAUUGGUGUCAAAUGGAAGUAUCGUCCAAACCUCCAAAGUCGGUGCAAUUCAAGCUGUUUCUCUUAUAGAAAGAGGUGGACCUGUCGUCAAGUGA